AUUCACUGCUUCACAAGCCUUCCUUCUUCAAGGUUUCAAUCCCAAAAUCGUCGAGAAGAGCCUAAGCUGCUCACCGGCUACGAUGUUCCGGCAAGCCUCACGCCUCUUGGCUCGAAGCACCACCACCACCACAAGGAGGGCUCGAGCAUUUUCCACCGACGUGCCGGCCACACCUGCACAGAACGCUAACUUCAUUGAAUCAUGGAAGAAGGUCAUCCCAAACAUGGAGCCUCCCAAGACCCCAGCUUCCUUCAUGAUCCCUCGCCCCGCAACUCCCUCUUCUCUUCCUUCCAAGAUCACCGUCAACUUCGUGCUCCCUUAUGCAUCUGAGCUCUCCAAUAAGGAGGUUGACAUGGUAAUAAUUCCAGCAACAACUGGACAAAUGGGUGUUUUGCCUGGACAUGUACCUACGAUUGCAGAACUGAAGCCUGGGAUUUUAUCAGUGCAUGAGGGGAAUGAUACAACAAAAUAUUUUGUUAGCAGUGGGUUUACUUUUAUCCAUGCCAACUCUGUGGCUGAUGUAAUUGCCGUGGAAGCUGUACCACUUGACCACAUUGACCCUGCCUUGGUCCAGAAGGGGCUUGCGGACUUCACCCAGAAGCUCAGUUCAGCUACAACCGACUUGGAGAAAGCUGAAGCCCAAAUUGGCGUUGAUGUUCACAGUGCUCUUAACUCUGCUCUGUCAGGUUAAUGGUUUCAUCUACCUCAGGCUUUCUCAAAUUGCUUUUCUUCAAGCAUCCACAACUGUUUGUUUGAUAUGCAAUCUGCAAACUAUUGAAUCUUGUUGAGGUAUCUACCCUGUGUAUUAUCAGAGGUGAAAAUAAAUUGUUCUGAAACAAGGUACCGUUUUGCACACUAUGGACGGAUUCAUGGUGUUUGCACCAUAAAUUACAUGGAUACAUGUUUUGAGAUUGGUUAAUACAACAGAAAUGGAUUGGAUCUGGUUAAGCUUCCACGUAGCAUGUCCUGUUUGAUUGUAAACCCAAAAGAUGCAUGAGGGUAGUUUUGGAAAAAUGACAUCGUGUUGUGCCUGAAACUGAUUUUGAUUUCAAUAGAGUUUUCCUUGGAUA